AUGAAGGCUUACAAUAGCAGAAAGAAAAAGAGUUCAUGGCCAAAGUUGGUGGCUAAAAAAUGGUUGAACACUACGACCAAAGCAGAUGAGUUCCAUGCAGAUGAUAUUUUUGAAGAUCGUUUGAUUGAAAGAUGGAGGAGCCUGUCAGAUAAGGAUUCCUUGCUUUCAAGAAGAGGCUUAGUAGGCAAUAUGUCGAACAAAAUUGAAUCUUUGAGGCAAGCAAGUGUUGAACCAGACAUAGCCCAAGUCACAGAUGUUCAAAAUUUAAGGGCAUUUGUAGGAACAUGGAAUGUAGGGAGUAAAGCUCCUUACAAUGGCCUCAAGUUGGAUGACUGGUUACAUGCAUCGCCUCCUGCAGAUAUAUAUGUUUUGGGGUUCCAAGAAAUUGUGCCUUUAAAUGCAGGGAAUGUCCUAGGUGCAAAGGACAAUGGUCUUGUAGAGAAAUGGCUCUCCCUUCUUCGGCAAACACUUAACAACAACAAAAACCACUGUCCCAGUCCAUUACCUUCCAACCGGAUUGGUGAAGCAAAAACUUCUCCAUUAAAACUGAAGCGAAAGAUCACCCUAGCUGAACAUCUCUCCUUGGGAAGACUAAUUGACAGGGCAGAUUCUAGUAGUUCUUCUCGAUCAAUUUCAUCAGAGGACGAAAGUGGUUUGAGUGGGUCAGAUUCACCCAGCAGUGUUUUCCAUUCUCCAAUGUCUUGCAGUCCCCUGUCAAAUAGAUGCAAUUCAGGUGAAAUAAGUUCCAGAUUGAAUUCAAGUCAGCCAAAUUAUUUUUUGGUAGCUAGCAAGCAGAUGGUUGGCAUAUUCCUUUGUGUGUGGGUGCAUAGUAAUCUGAGACAGCAUGUUCGAGAUUUAAAAGUCUCCUGUUUUGGCCGUGGGCUAAUGGGAUAUCUUGGAAACAAGGGUUCUAUUUCAAUCAACAUGUUAUUUCAUCAGACAUGCUUUUGCUUUGUCUGCACUCAUUUGACAUCAGGACAGAAGGGAGCUGACGAGAUGAGGAGGAAUUCCGAUGUCAUAGAGAUCAUAAAAAGGACACGAUUUCCACAAGCCCGUGAGUCUUUGGUAAAGAAAUCACCUGAAAGCAUUUUGGAGCACGAUCGAGUAAUAUGGCUUGGGGAUUUGAAUUAUCACCUUUCACUUCGCUAUGCUGAAACUAAAAGACUAAUGGUAAUGAGUGAUUGGGAGUCUCUGUUGGAGAAAGAUCAACUUUGCAAAGAGAAGAAAGCAGGGCAUAUAUUCAUAGGAUGGAAUGAAGGGAAGAUAUAUUUCCCUCCAACUUACAAGUAUUGCAGAAACUCAGACCGUUAUACAGGAGAUACUCUUAGAUCAAGAUCAAAGAAACGCACACCAGCUUGGUGUGAUCAUAUACUAUGUUUUUGUAGUAGAGGUGGUAAAACACUCAGGAAAAGCCUUCAGAAGUGUAUUUCUAGGCAAAGUCAUUUAUCCCACAUUCGUUGUGGAGGGGAAAAUUUUGAUAUUUAUAUGUAA